GGGUAGGAGGCGGGGCUAAACCGGCCAGAGGCUGCAGGAACAGAGCAGGGUUUAUUCCUUCAUCUCGUUUGCAUUCCUUGGGGGUCCACUUUGUCAAGAUCUGGGGUACAGAAGUGCACAAGAAUUUAUGGCCAAGUUAAGAAGAGACUGACAAUGGACAGAAACGCGCCAUGGCAUACUGUGAUAAUUGCUAUGAAAAAGUAUUACGAGGAAAUAUUCUUUCAGUAAAAGUGUAUUUAAUGCCUACUAUGUAAGGAGGAGGUAAUCAGUUAGGGAGUAGUCCUGGAAGGACUUUAUAUUUAAUCUGAGGUAUUUAUAUUAAGUCUAAGAACUGAAGGAUGAGCCCAAGUUAAGCAGAAAAGAUGGACACUGUUUCCUAAACUGUGGGAUAUAUAAACCAUUUGGGGUGACCGAAAGGAUGUAAGGAUGCAUGUAUAUACAGGACAUUAAGUAACACUGAAAGGCAGAGUGAGAAAGUCUUGUUUCAAACUAAAGAGAAAGUGUGUUUGCGACUGAAUUUCCAUAUUGAUUAGUCAACAGUGGAAAAUCUGAAGAGAUGCAAGCUGGAAAAAGAAACUAAACCAGCGAGCAAGGCAAUAACUGUCGGUUUGUCGAAAGACAUCAGUGCUGGGCCCCAAGCUGAGUCCCCUGUGCAGGAUGCACCAGGGUUCACCUCUGCGCUCCUGCCCUUGUCCCCACAGGCCUGAAGAGUGAUGCGACAGGCAUGAUGGAGGUCGAGUCCUCCUACUCGGACUUCAUCUCCUGUGACCGGACGGGCCGCCGGAACGCAGUCCCUGACAUCCAGGGAGACUCCGAGGCCGUAAGCGUACGGAAGCUGGCUGGCGACAUGGGCGAGCUAGCCCUCGAGGGCGCAGAAGGACAGGCGGAGGUGGGCACCCCAGACAAGGAAGGUAGCAACCAGCCCAAGAGCAGCGAUGGGACCACCUCAUCUUGAACAUGACCUUGCCCGAGGAGGCUGGAAGAGUGACGCACCGUGGACGGAAGCCCUGGCACUGGCCCAGCAGCCUUUCCUCUGAGCAAUGUGUUCCAGGCAAGCCAGGCCAGACUGAAAGGCAGCCCCAGAGGCUCCCGUGGCCCCUACCCUGGGAAGGCCCUCUGCCCACACCCCCAGGCUCCACGCUCCCACCACCUCCUCACUUGCCCGGGUACACUUUCAAGACACUGUAACCACAGGAUGUUAUUUAUUCAGCAGGUGCUGGGACUCGGGGGCUGGGUCCUGCCACCUGGGUGAACAGCUGGGGCAGGGACCGCAUUCUAGCUCUGCCCCCUCUUCUCCAACCCAGCCAGCCUUCUGUGUCAGGACCUUCUUAUCCCUUUUUUAAGAAGCACUUUUAAACUUUUUAGAAACUUUAAACCUUUUCUCAGCAGAGAGGGAGGGAGCUGACAAUUUACCUUUUAUUUUGGAAGCCAUUGUAAGUUAAACUCUUUGACCAUCUAUGCAGCUCUGAGGUUCCCUCAUGGAGCUUCACAGAUCCAUUUUUAGCGAAGGGAUCUUGUGCUCAAAACUCUCUGAUUAACUCUUUGCCCUUUCUACCAAGAUAAGUGACACCUAGGACCCAGGAAAUAAAUGCUGAUGAUUUGUGUGA